CACCGCCGGACCUAUGCGGAGUUAUAAUCACAGCGCGCAAUAAUAAAUUUUAUGAAACUGCGCUGCGUUUGUAACUUUUUAAAUUUAAAAUGGCAAUAUCAACACGUUCAAAUACUGAAAUAUUUUUAUUAGAACAAACCCACGAAAUUGGUUGCAGAACUUUGCCUACAAAAGGCGACGUUUUAAGAUAUUUUUAUCACUGCUGCAGAGUACUGAAUUUCAAAAAAAAAAAAAAAAAAAACACACCGAAAUUAUUUCCUGCCCUCUAAAUAUAAAUCACGACCUACUAUGUAAUGAUAAAAUAUGUCAGCCCAAAUGUGUUGUUUCUGCUCUUAGAAAACCGUGGCUUAUGGGUGGUAUACCACACAUUAGUUGCAGAAGUAUUAGGGAAAAUGUUACCAAAUUAAUAUAUCAUCACAAGAAACUAGUAUCAUAUCGUUCAAAAAAAACGGAAACACAAAAGCUGCAUGAAAAUAAUUUUUUGGCAUUAGAAAAAGAAUUGUUUGACAUAGGGCACCCAAAACUUUAUGAAAUAAUUGAAAAUAUAAUAGAAUUCGAUCAAAAGAUGCAAAAAAAUGCGAUAUUUUAUUUUAAUGAAGAUAAAAAAACUGCAAGAACAAUGAUAAUUGACAAAAUAGACAAAAAAUAUCAAAAAGUUUAUUCCAACAAAGAGUUUUGCAAAAGGAAAGCCAAGUAGUUAGAGCAAAAGGAGGAAUCUGCCACAAAAAUCUUAAAGUUAAAACAAUUUUCAUCAAAUAGUAAUUGUUUUAAUGAAAAUCAAGAUUUAUUUUUGUUAGAAAAUUUUGAUAAUGAAGAAUAUCAAUAUAAUAAUUAUGAUGAAAUUGAAAAACAAUCAACUAACAUAAAACAAAAUAAAGUGACAGUAACAGUAGAUAUUGAUGAACUUAUUAAAAAAACUUCAACAUUUUGUGGGCGUUUUGGAAUUUCUGUUGGAGUACAGACAGGAUUAUCAGCAUUAUUUUUAAGAUGUGGAAAUAUCAAUCUUAAUGAAGUAAAACUUUCAAAAACAAAAGUAGAAAAAAUAAGAAAAGAUUUGUAUGUAAGUGAAUCAGAGUUAAUUAAGGAAAAAAUAAAAGAAAAAUGUAAAAAUAGUAAUUUAAUUUUGCACAUUGAUACAAAAAAAGUUACAACUUUAAAUGAAGACUAUAUUUCUGAAGUAAGCGAACGUUUAGCUAUUGUUGUUACAAGUCCAGACUGGGAUUUAAAUACAAAUGGAAAACAACAGGAUGAGCUGCUAGGCAUAGUUGAAUGUCAAUCGGGGAAAGGAUAUGAUCAAGCAUUGGCAUUUUUUUUAUGUUAUAAAAAAGUUUGGAAUUGAAAGCAUUAUAAUUGGGAUUUGUGCUGACACAACAGCAUGUAACACUGGUUGUAAUAAGGGUUGUAUAAGUAUUUUAGAAGAAUUUUUAAAUCGACCUCUGUUAAGACUUUUUUGUAGAAAACAUUCACAAGAAAGACAUAUUUUACAUGCAAUAAAUGCAAUCACUAAAACAGAAAGCAAAGGUCCAUCAAAAUCUAUUUAUACGAGAUUCAAAGCUGCUUGGCCAAUGCAUUAUAAAAAUGUUCAAAAUAAUAUGGAUCAGAUAUCAAAGUUUCCGUGGUGCGAAGUUAGUGGAACCCCAUUAGAAGAUAUGGCUAAAAAAAGUUUAUCUUUUUGCAAAAAAGCUUUGGAACUUAAUACUUUUCCCAGAAAUGAUUAUAAAUAUCUGUGUCAAUAUGUCAUUGUUUUUCUGGAAGGAAGGGAGGCAGUUCCUGAAUUUAUUAUACACAAACCAGCUGCUGAACAUGAAGCUCGAUUUAUGGCAGACGCUUUAUACAUUUUGGCAAUGAAGCUUACUCAACCAAUCAUAAAGUUUUUAACCCUAGAGGAAGAAAUAGUAUUUUCAAAGGCUGCAAUAUAUGUAGCUUCAGUUCAUGCAAAAAACUUUCUUCAAUCAAGUCAAAUUGUUUCUGCUGCUCAUAAUGAUUUGUGUACAGUUAAAGAGAUGAUAAAAAUAAAAGAUUUUGAUGCUGAUGUUUCUCAAGCUUUUAUUUCAAGCUAUCUUAGACACAGUUAUUAUCUUUCUGAAGAAACGGUUGUCUUUUGUUUAUUUGAUAAAAGUCUUGACAACAAAAUUAAAGAAAAAGUUGCUCAGCAGUUGUUAAAAAUAAAUUUACCUGAAAUCUUUAAACUUAAAAAGUUUAAGCCUGUAGAAACAAAUGAACAUUCAGAACUUAAUGAUUACGUUGGUCAAAAUUCUUGGCUAAUUUUUAAAAUAGUUCCUUACUUAUCAAAGUGGUUAGAAAGUUCACCUGAUUUGUGGACUUAUGAUUCUGAUUAUAAAAAUAUGCAAAGGUUUAUAAAAAGAUUAGUCUGUGUCAAUGACUGUUGCGAAAGAGCUAUUAAAUUGGUAAAAGACUUUAUCGAUUCAACAAUUAAAGAGGAGAAGUUACAAGAUAUUUUACUGGUUUUAAAGGAACACAGAGUUAAUUUUCCAUUUUAUAAAUGUAACUGGUCCAAAGAAAUACUUAAUAAAUUGUAAGAAAAGUUUAACUUUUUAUAAGAAAAAUUCAACUGAAUUUUUGAUGUAUAUUAUUUACAAAACGUAUUUGUAAAACCUUUAGUCUAAGUCUCAUACAUUUUUAACAACUUUUAUUUUUUAUCUUUAUUAAGUGCAAUAUUUGGAUUCCUUAUUAAACAAACUUUU